AUGUCCUACGACCGCUAUGUUGCCAUCUGCCAACCCCUGCACUACGGGACCCUCCUGGGCAGCAGAGCUUGUGUCCACAUGGCAGCAGCUGCCUGGGGCACUGGGUUUCUCUAUGCUGUGCUGCACAUGGCCAAUACAUUUUCUAUACCACUCUGCCAGGGCAAUGCCCUGGACCAGUUCUUCUGUGAAAUCCCCCAGAUCCUCAAGCUCUCCUGCUCACAUUCCUACUUCAGGGAAGUUGUGAUUAUUGUGGUUAGUGUCUGUGUAGCAUUUGGUUGUUUUGUUUUUAUUCUGCUGUCCUAUGUGCAGAUCUUCAGGGCUGUGCUGAGGAUCCCCUCUGAGCAGGGACGGCACAAAGCCUUUUCCACGUGCCUCCCUCACCUGGCCGUGGUCUCCCUGUUUAUCAACACGUCUGCAUUUGCCUACAUGAAACCCCCCUCCAUCUCUUACCCAUCCCUGGACCUGGUGGUGGCAGUUCUGUACUCGGUGGUGCCUCCACUCUGCAACCAACCGUUGACCAACAGGAUACGUCCAGGCCUCAGGUUCCUCAUCCUGACUGGCAGGAUCAAGGAGAACACCACCUGGACCACCAAGCCCUUGACCAUCACCCCCAGAGCCAUGUAG